AUGUCGGAACCUCUCACCAAGGUAGACUCUGCCGUCGGAGGUCUCUCAUCAUCACCACCCAAGGAGAAGGGACACCGGAGAGCAAGCUCUAGCGCGGCGGGAGUAAUGAACAUCAAUGACCUAGAGAAGGAUGGCAUAGAGCUUCAAAUAGCGAAGGAGACGCAAAAGACAGGCUGGAAGAUAAACUCGUCUCCCGCAACAGUCGAGGACAAGGACAUACUGAAGAAGCACCUCACAACACCACCAGUUAAGAAGAUUGACCUACACUUCAAGCUCGGCAUGGAGGUAACGGCACGGAAUCUGAAGGGAGUCACUAUCAAGGAUGCAAUGGAUGCCAUCCACAAGGCAUACAAGAAAAGAGCGGACGACGAGCUUGACCAACCCUAUCUGGCCGGCUUCGAGUGGGACAAGGAAGAGUCAUGGACGCGGUUGAUUGUGCACCUGCAAAAAGAGCCCGGUGUCGCACCCACCAGCGGCAAGAAGAAGAAGAACAAGCACGGUGACGAGUAA